UCUUUGAUAAAUUGAAUUGGAACCCCAUAAUCAAUUCCAUUCACGUUUUCUUUCUUUUGAAUUUCCGCACGAGCUCAAUACCCGGUCGGUCUUCUGGGAAACCACAUGAAUUCAAACUUGCUUCUUGUUUCGAAAUUGAAUAUGAGGUUGUCUGCUUCUGGGUCCCGUGAUUUACUUGGAUGAAAUUGAAACUAGAAAUCACCAUAUCUGUGCUUGUUUGCUUUACAAAGCUUGGUUUAGUUCUCUAUGUAACUUAAUUGGUGUUUUAAGAUUUGAUACUCAACAAAACAAAAACCAACUUAAUUCUGUUCCAAGCCUUCAACUUCGAAUGGUACAUCAUCAUAAAUCGAUUCUCUGUUGUUGCAUUCACAACAAUCUUGUCUCCCGAGAAAGCUUUCACACACAACUCUUGCACUGGAAAAUAAAUCCUGAUGCUACGAGAACUUUUGCAUAACAGCAUCCUCAAAGGUCUGGAUUAAAAGCCCCCAGAAAACUUUUUGUUUCUACAUUUCAGCUUGCAAAACAUAGAUUGCUAGUCCUUCACUGAGGCCAUUGAUUCCUCUUAGGUCUCACUUCCAUGCAGCAGAGCCAAAACUUGAUUCACCCUAUUGUAACAAAGAUGGAGCAAGUCUUCACUUACACAGCUUGCCGACAGUUGUCUCAGAUGUUUGCGGCGAUGAUCUUUUUUCAUGUUUCAGAAUACAUUUUAGCAGCCAGCAUUCAUGGGAAAACUAAUGUUACUCUAAAAUCUCUUCUGAUCAGCAAAAACUACCUUGUUGCGAUGAUCUUUUCCUUGCUGGAGUACUUUAUUGAAAUCAUUUUGUUCCCUGGUCUGAAGGAGCACUGGUGGGUCAGCAACUCAGGCCUUGCAAUGGUUAUAAUAGGGGAAAUCAUUCGGAAGAUGGCAAUAAUCACAGCUGGUCGCUCAUUCACACAUCUCAUAAGGACUCGUCCCUCUGAGCAUCACCAGUUGGUUACGAAUGGAAUUUAUAGAGUUGUUCGUCAUCCAGGUUACUGUGGUUUCUUCAUCUGGUCAGUGGGCACUCAGAUAAUGCUUUGUAAUCCCAUAUCAACAAUUGCAUUUGCACUCGUAGUUUGGCGCUUCUUUCAACAAAGAAUUCCUUAUGAAGAGUUCUACUUGAGGCAGUUUUUUGGGUCACAGUAUGAGGAAUAUGUGAGGCGGGUUCCUUCUGGGGUGCCUUUUGUGCAGUGAAGAUUUAAGCAUUGCUGUGGGCACAGUUAAAUUGCUCUUGUUAGACAUCUACCUGCAUCAAGAAUUAGAAUAGUGGCUUUCAAACUCAUAAGUUGGUUGCAGGUGGGACUCGGGCUAUUUCAUCUCCUACUGCGUGCGGCUUUUAGUCCUUGUUUGUACCAUUAUACUUUUACAUAUCACUUCAUCACUUGACUGGUUAAAGGUGUUUGUGUUAAGGCGAGUCUGUUGUUGUGGCUCAUGGUUGCUGAAACUGAAAGAUUCAUGAGACAAAUCAUAAUACCAAUUGGUCCAAUUUGUAUACAUUAAAUGGUGGAUGAAUCAAUAUUCGCAAGGCAAUUC